AUGGAGUGCAGCGAAGGAGGGUUGGGUGCCACAGCGUCAAGUCCGUUACCGUUGCGGGCUGAUAAUUUAGUGUCCUCCGGGGAUGAGAAUAGGAAGAGGAGGCUUAGUGUGACGGUAACGGUUGACGAGGUUGGGGUGUGUACCACUUUGACGCCACUGCAUUCUUUUUUGGGGGUUGUUGAUAAGACGCCUAGACAUCAUGAGACGAAGAGACGGCAGCCUUUGUCGCCUGAACUGUCUUCGCCGCUCCGGCCACCAAAGGGCAAGCGCCAGAAGGUGUUGGUGGAUGGGGGCACGCCUGCGUUGGUGAUGGCUUCGGCGACUGGUGCGCGGUCCAGCAGUACGAAUACGCUAGAGGAGCUGUUAGAGAAUCUUUCUGAUGCCGGUAAGAUGUCAGCACUGCAGGAUCCUGGAAAGAAGCCGCCUUACUCGUAUGCCAUGCUUAUCGGGGUUGCGAUACUGCAGUCCAAAGAGGGCAAGCUGACGUUAUCUCAGAUCUAUCGUUGGAUCUCUUCACAUUUCCCGUAUUAUAAACUUCGCGACGCAGGUUGGCAGAAUAGUAUCAGACAUAAUUUGUCACUUAAUGAGGCGUUUGUCAAGGGGGGGAAAUCCUUGGACGGUAAGGGUCACUUCUGGGAGGUGAAGACUGGAUGCGAGUGUAAGUUUUUUAAGAACGGUUCUAGUCAACCUGGCCUAGAAAUAAGGAGAAAGUUGCAGUCCGUUAGUGAAACCUUAGAUUCGAUGGAUUUUCCUGUUGCAACACCGUCUUCGGAGCCCGAUGUAUUUGAACAGUCGGUGAAGCCAAAAAGUGGUUCUGCGGAUGUCAAGAAACAUUACAAGUCUGCAGGAAGCUAUCACGUAUUCAAGAAAAAGUAUAGAAACCCGGACACUUCACAAGAAGUAGAGUACGAAUCGGAUGGCGCCACAAUGGACCCAGAAUCACGCGUGGCUUCCUCACCGAACCAUGGUGCUCCAAGCUCACCCACGCCGUUUGGUAUCCAUGGGUUCGAGCAAUCAACGACUACAACCCAUGCUGCUGACAGAGAUGCUUUCAUAGAUGAGGACAGCUUCCCCAAUGCACAAUCCAGUUAUCGAUCUUACCAUCAAAAUACAACCUGCUGUAACGAAUCUAAAUAUUCCGACUACACUCCAAGCCUGAAAAGAGCACACACAACAAUAGGCUUACUUAGAGGCGAUGGGAACUUCGAGGAGUCUCCUAUAGAUGAACUGGCUUCAUCGCCACUCUUGAGACGAUACACCUGUUCCUUCAACACCUGUUUCGAACCCACAUCGCCCCACGACAAGUCAGACGGUAGUGAUCCUCUAGUGGCAAACCCCAUGCUACAUCCUGACCUAUUGAAAACACCAAGAUCCAAAGAUAUAUCCAACAUAACUUUCAAAACUCCAUUGGGUGGGCGCACGCCUCGUGAUAACUUAACUUCAGCUGGUAAAUUACAAACUCCAUUUUUCGAUGAUUUUUUUGGCUCUCCCCUCGUUAUGAAACCCUCUGGUACACCAAUAGUGUGCAUUGAUGAUUGCAUAGCGGACGAAGAUAGGCGUAUUGAAUUUAGAUCACCCAGAAAACUACUUGCAUCGUCGUCUGCUUCCAGGGGCGUGCAACGUGGUAAUAAAAUAUUUGAAAGCUCAAGGAUAUCAAGCAACGCCUUGUUUGGCGUGGAUGUGUGCUCCGUAUGGAAACGUGCUGUGAAAAGCUUCGAGAAUGAACAGAGACUUGAAGAUGAUGCUCAGCAGCCAAAGUUGGACAUACCCUUCCAGAUAACAACGGAAAAGGAGAAGGUGGAUAAGAUCAAGGAUUAA